GUUGGCAUUGCCUGAAAUAGUGCAAGGAGAGGCACAGGAGGGGUGUAUUCCAUCAGUUAAGCUGGAAAGCAAUUGUAGCUGUGUUAUUGAUGCCAGCGAGAUCAAAGCUUCCUUUGAGAAUAUGGGUGUCAGUGUGUCCAGUGCCGAAGCUGAAAACCUCCUGAAAAGAAUGGACAGAGAUGGCACUUUAGCGAUAGACUAUGGGGAGUGGAGAGAUUUUCUGAUAUUGUCGCCUAGCAACAACCUCCAUGAUAUUCUCCAUUACUGGAGACACUCUACAAUAAUUGAUAUUGGUGAAAAUGCAAUAGUUCCGGAUGAUUUCACAGAGACUGAGAUGAAGACGGGAAUGUGGUGGCGCCACCUAGUGUCUGGUGGAGCAGCUGGUGCUGUUUCACGUACAUGUACAGCUCCGUUAGACAGAUUGAAGAUAUUGUUCCAG